AUGCCGUGCCUCCUGCUCACCCUGGGCGUGGCCCUGAUCUCUGGCGUCUGGGCCAUCGACAGCCCCCAGACCAUGCAGGACGUGGAGCUCCCAAAGUUGGCAGGGACUUGGCACUCCAUGGCCAUGGCGGCCAGUGACUUCUCCCUCCUGGAGACCAAGGAGGCCCCCCUGAGGAUCUACAUCAGCUCGCUGCAGCCCACCCCCGAGGGCAACCUGGAGAUCGCCCUGCGCAGAUGGUCACAGAAACAAAGCCCUUUCAGGGAGAGCAACCAGUGCAUUGAGGAGAAGAUCAUUGCAGAGAAAACCGAGAACCCCAUCGAGUUCAAGAUCAACUAUCUGGAUGAGAACAGGAUCUACCUGUUCAACACCGACGGCAGCAAGUAUUUGUUCCUCUGCCUGGAGAGCACCCCCAGGCAGAACCUGGCCUGCCAGUACCUGGCCAGGACCCUGGAGGUGGAUGACAAGGUCAUGGCGGAAUUCAUCAGCUUUCUCAAGACUCUGCCUGUGCACAUGCAGAUCUUCCUGGACAUGACCCAGGCAGAAGAACAGUGCCGCGUCUAG